AUGAGUAUUGUAGGUGGGUUUGCUGGGCAAGCGGCCGUUCUGAUCUUUGUACCUACCUCGUACUACCUGUACAUGUCUGAGGCCGAGAAUGAGUGGAUUGUACUGAGCUCUACGGCCGUGAUUGCUAUUGUCACUGCGCUGUUGGACUCCGCGUGUCUCUCGCUCGCCGCGCGAUUCCCCACCGCGUGUCAG